AUGAAGGUCAAGUUUGUUGUGAUGGUUGUCAUAGGAACAGCUGUUUUCCUGUUGUUGGGUUGGGCAGACUGGUCCUGGCGACUUCGUCACACAAAACACCCACAUCGCGCCCCAGAUCCUAAAAGAGAGAAGACUGGGGGAGGAGAUUUCUUCCGUGCCAAGAUCUACACCGAGAAGACCAAGUCCAGCGCGCCAGGCCGGGUACGAGACUACGGGAACGGGACGUACGGCGUGACGUUCCGCCUCCCGUGGGCAGGUGACGUCACCGUCAGCGUGCGGAUGGUCCACUCCUCCAGCGCCGUCCGUGUCUUAAAGAGACUUCGAGAAGAAUUUCCUACCAACAGGACGAAGCGUGACCUUACGGCUAUCAAUUCUAUCAUAAAAGUGAAAAAAGGUACGAUAUCUACAAUUUUGGUGGGACACCAAGAUGGCGACCGGACUGAGCAACUACCGAGGUGCAUGCCGGGUCUUCCUGCCCCGGUGCCUUCUGGGUACUACCGCAAUGGCCGAUGGGUAUCCCGUGUUUGCCAGGGACCACGAUUAACAAAUGCCUCUGACUGGAAGAAAUGUCUACAGAAUUCAGCGCUGGAUUUCCUCGGGGAUUCGACCACUCGACAGUGGUUUUACUACACGGCAAAAUACAUGCAGAUGGCAGUCAGAAAUAGCCCUUACUUCCUAUCGGCUACUGCCGGACCCAUCUACGCAGAGGAGAAACAGUGGAAUAUUACUUCACGAUAUCAGUCCCAUGGCCCGCCGAUAAAUACAUUUCUUUGGGUCAACGCUAGCAUACUGAGCAACUUGGUCCGUAUUAUUGAUGAAAUCGACGAACCUAAUCACAUCGUAGUCGUUACUGUGGGCUUCCAUUUCAACAGCCAUCCACUGGUUGAUUACGUCAGGCGGGUUCGUACCGUUCGAAGCGCCCUCUUGCGACUUCUCCGCAGACAACAGAACACCACCCUGGUCAUCAAACCAACCAACACAGCCGCCUCGCACAUUCUGAACGUCGACGACUGGUUUUCCUUCCAGAUGUACCUCAUCAUAAAAGAGAUGUUCUCAGGGCUGCCGGUUGUUUUUGUGGACACCUGGGAAAUGACAGAUUGCCAGUUUCCGAAGGACACAACCCAUCCUGCGGAUGAAGUCAUUCAGGAGGAGAUUCUAUACUUAUUGUCCUACGUUUGUCAAUGAUCGUUUUAUCUAUUUAUUCAACACUCCAUGAAGGAGGGCAGUGACAUAUUUUGCACAGCAAAUGCAUAAUUUCUACCUUAGCGUAUGGUCUGCUCGGUUAAUUCUUACUCAAAUACAUUCAUGUAUAUGGUCAGACAGGAGUAUAAAUCCCUCCUACUGAUAAAAUUGCAACAUCGUGUAACCCGACACCAGUUACCAUGGUGACAGGCGUCAACAAAUCAGGCCAUUGGCCAGGUCAGAGGUGCCAUG